GCUCCGCCCGCUUUGAAACAGCUCAUUUCCCGUUCUAAAUUUUCUGAUUACGAAUGUGUUCAAGAAUUUCCAAUCACGUUACUUCUUAGCUGAGGGGGAAUCCCUCCGUCAGUUGUUCCGGUUUGGCGCUCUGCAGAAAACCAAACGGACUUGCAUCCAGUUGCACGAAUCAAAGGUAUCGGGGAGGACUUUUGCUAGAUCGAAAUCUGAAGGGAAUCAUGUCUGGUUCUCCCAAAGGAGGAAAGAAGCCGAAACAAAAGUCAAAAGGACCUCCUAAGUUGGAUUUUUCAAAGGGCCAUUCAUCACCUACUACAUCCCCUUCGACCACCCCUCCUAGAAACCUGACUGAUAGAGAGACACUCACUGUUGAUGGCAAGGAAUUCGAGUGCAAUGCAGAGGAUUUAAAAGAGUUAAAGGAGCUUGGGCAUGGGGCAUAUGGUUAUGUAUACAAGAUGAUACAUCAACCCACAGGCCACAUUAUGGCAGUCAAGAGAAUACGAGCCAGUGUGAACUCAACAGAGCAGAAAAGGCUUUUAAUGGAUUUGGAUGUCUCCAUGCGAGUGACUGACUGCCCAUACACAGUGCAUUUUUAUGGUGCAUUGUUUAGAGAGGGAGAUGUCUGGAUCUGUAUGGAGCUAAUGAAAGCGUCAUUAGACAAAUUGUACAGAAAAGUGUAUGGCACAUCUGGCAGAAGGGUGCCUGAGGAGGUCCUAAGAGAAAUUGCCAUUGCUAUGGUUCAUGCCUUAAAUUAUCUGCAUAGCAAACUGAAAGUAAUCCAUAGAGAUGUAAAGCCUUCCAAUAUAUUAGUGGAUGAUAAAGGAAAUUUUAAGCUGUGUGACUUUGGAAUAAGUGGUCAACUGGUAGAUUCACUGGCAAAAACAGUUGAUGCAGGCUGCAAACCCUACAUGGCUCCUGAGAGAAUCAACCCUGCUAGAGAUAUGAAAGGUUACGACAUUCGUUCAGAUAUCUGGAGCUUAGGAAUUACCAUGAUAGAACUUGCAACAGGUAAAUUCCCUUACACACAAUGGAAAACUCCAUUUGAGCAACUCAAACAAGUUGUCCAUGAACCCUCACCAACUCUCCCUGAUGGAGGGCCAUACUCAGAUGAAUUCAGAGAUUUUAUUGUUCAGUGCUUAAAGAAAGAUUAUCAUGAGAGACCAAACUAUGUCUUGCUCUUGGAACAUGAUUUCAUCAAGGGAAGUGGUACAGAGGACAGUUUUGACACUAAAAGCUGGAUAACACCUAUCUUACAAGAACUGGAACAACCUGGCAGUUAAUAGUGACACAACGAAUUAGAAUGGAUAAUUUAUAUUCUUAUUAUUUUCCAUGUUCUGUCAGACAAUCACUAUUUGUCUGGACUUAGUCCUUUUUUAUCUGCAACCUAGGUAUAAAUGCAAAGGGCAGGCCCUAAAUCAUGCAUGAUUUAGAAAUGAAGCAAAUUUGUAUUCACUUUGCUCAGAUGGUGUAUUUCCUUGAGAUUGUGAUUUUGUAUCAAAAGCAGACACUUCUUCUGUUGUGCUGUUUCACGCUUUUUUUUUUUUGAGGAGAAAUAAGUGCCCGUUGGGAAUGCUUUAGCCAGAAGAACAUUUUUUCCCUAAUUUAAACUUUAACCAAAUGCGAUUAUCUAAACAAAGGAUUGUGGCAGUGCUUUAGUAUGAAAUGAACACUCCCUGGCAACUUAUAUGGGAGUCUCUUGGGAGCUGAAGCAUCCAAGGGUUUUUGGUGUAAGAGCUUUGCAAGUUAGGAUACUGUAAAGAGAGUUUUCUGUGUUUAAAAUGCCCCAUUCACUUCAAAGAUGAAAUAUUAUUGAAAACGUACACAUGGUUCAGUACGCUUUACUUUUGCUCGCUGAUCAAGUUCAUUGACUUGUCCGCUGAGUGAACGCAAAUGGUAGCUUUGCUGAAUUAACAUGGCUCAAAACAUAGCUUAAGGACACAAGCUUUGGAACAGGGACACCUCGUUCUUACGGUCAGCUGUGUAUUUUCCCUUGAUUAAAUUUCCUAGAAGGCUGCAUCCAGUCGUCUACUAUUUUGUGAAAGGAAACAGUCUCCAGCCAGGCUAGUGGAAGUAAUGGAGUAUGCGAUGUGGGACUUGGAAGAACAGUAUAACCUGCUGACAUCAUGGAAGCAGUGACUGUAAAAACGCAAAAGCGUUUAAGACUUUUCGUGUUAACAAAAAGUAAUAUCUACUGCUGCAGGAUUUUAGUUUUUAUCGAGUGAAAUAUCAAAUUAAUAGAUUUUUGAGGCUUGUGGUUUCAGGACUUUUCUGUAUCACUGUGUUGUAUCUCUGACUUAUCAGCCCAUAAUACGUGGCUGAUAUGAGACACCUUGAUUUGUAAUAAAACAUUCAUUACGAAGGAA